AUGGAAGAUUGCUUGCCACUCAAACAACAUUUGGAGGAGCUGGUGGUGGCGGGACAUCUGGACCAACACAUAAAUGGGGGUAUGAAAGCCGCCCCACUGGGACAAACCGAGCCAAAUGGCCUAGUCGCCCUGGAGGCAGCACCCCAAGGCGUAAUCAAUGUCAUCCAUGGCAUCAUUGAACUGGCAAGCGUCUGCGAGCUAAGAGGGAUGAUUAAGAAAGCCGAGCACAUGAGGGAAGUGCUCUCCGUUCAGCCCGCUAUGAAGAAAGGGAAGACCGAAGAGAAGGAUAUCCUUGCCUUUUCGAGUAAGGACUUGGAGAGAAUUCAAAUGCCCCACAACGACGCCUUAGUAGUAACUCUUCGCGUCAAAGACUUUGACAUCAAGAGGAUUUUGAUUGACUAG